AUGGCGGGCGUAGGAUUCUCAUCAGAUAUGAAUGAACAUCAGACAACCUUUAUGGAGAGACGAAUACCACAAGCCGAAGGUGUCCGCACAUUGACAAUUGUGCGGCCAGAAUCAACAUUCGUUCAGACGCUGACACUCGGCAACGGUGGUGCAGACUCGACAGAUGUACCAGUUGCCGCAAUGUCAGCUUCAAAAUCAUCCAACCAUUCAGACUACGUCGGAGCAAUUCUAAGCGGGGUCAUAGUUCUAGUGGUGUUAUUGGUCGUCAUUUGGAUUUUCUACCGUCGCAAACGCUCACACGGCUCGAGGGGCUCUAGCCGUCAAAACAAGCCAUCUCGAAGUAACGACACUUCAGAGAGUUCAGAGAGCUCUGGUGGUCCAUCUGACGAUGAUGGCUCAGUCGCUAGUGAGGUCAUCGACGAGCAAUGGCAACACCCGGGGCGGCCUAUGCCGGGCAUGGCUCCUAUGGGACGAUGGCCAGGAGCUCCACCGGGACACAAUAUGCCGCCACCUGGAGGCAAUAUGGGCCCUCCUGGGGUUGGUAUGGGAAUGCCUUUUGGCGGACCUUCUCCAAUGAUGGGAAGAGGCGGUGGUCCUCUCCCUAAUUUCAGAGGACCGCCUCCGAUGAUGCCGAUAGUCGGUAGCGGCGGGCCGCCUCCAAUGCCACAAUGA